AUGAAGCCUCCCCCUCCUUUGACCUUACUUUGCCUCCUGGUGGCCCUGGCUGGUGGGAACCUGGUUCAGUUUGGGGUGAUGAUUGAGAGGAUGACGGGGAAGCCUGCACUGCAGUACAAUGACUAUGGCUGCUACUGCGGUGUCGGCGGCGCCCACUGGCCAGUGGACCAGACAGACUGGUGCUGCCAUGCCCACGACUGCUGCUAUGGGCGUCUGGAGAAGCUGGGCUGUGAGCCCAAACUGGAAAAGUAUCUUUACUCUGCCAGCAGGCGCAAUAUCGUCUGUGCCGGCAGAACCAGCUGCCAGCGACAGACCUGCGAGUGUGACAAGAGGGCUGCGCUCUGCUUUCGCCGCCACCUGGGCACCUACAACCGCAAAUACGCCCAUUAUCCGGACAAGCUGUGCACAGGACCCACCCCGCCCUGCUAA